UACUUUUUUUCCGAUUUUGUCACAUCCGGAACAGAGGCUCAAGAUAGGGUAAUUCUCUUUAGUGUUUGCCCUGGAUUCCCAAUGUCCACCUUUCCACCGCCCGCAUUUUGAUAAAAAGAAUAACAGGUUGACGCUUGAAACUGGCCAUUAACAAAACCAAACCUUAGUAAAUUAACCUGUUAUAUGGAGUAGCUAAAAACCGAACAAAAGGAACGACGAGGGAGAGCUUACAUUCAGACCUCCUCAAUCAACCGUUCCUGCCACUUGAGCAUUCACAAUUGCUGCACUGCAAAAUUCUUAUCUUAAAGCUAUAGCCAGCUAAGCUAGACCAACAAGGAUGUCUCAAGUCCAGUUUCACUGUCCAGCUAGCCCCAUGCCUGCUGCCUCUGCCCCGCUGCAGUUGGGGCAGCCACAGCCUGGCUACAGCAUCCCUUGUGCAUCAGGCACCCUGCCCUCAGAGAGCGCCAGCCAGCCCAUCAGGAGCUCUGCUCUCCCUGCGGGCUCAGCCACUCCCUAUAAUACCUCCACAGUAUCUAACAUGGCAAACCCUAAAGAGAAGACCCCCAUGUGUUUGGUGAAUGAGUUAGCCCGUUUCAACAAAAUCCAACCUGAGUAUAAGCUGCUCUGUGAGCAAGGACCAGCUCACUCCAAGAUUUUCUCAGUGAGGCUCACUCUGGGAGAUCAGCACUGGGAUGCAGAGGGGACCAGCAUCAAGAAAGCCCAGCAUUCUGCUGCUGCUGCUGCCCUUUCUGAGACAACACUUCCGAAGCCCACUGUGAGGACACCCCGUAACACAGGCAAGAACUCAGCAGAUGGCAUAACACAUACCAUGGAGUUGAAUGCAUUAUGUAUGAAGCUUGGUAAAAAGCCUCUUUAUAAACCCAUUGACCCAUACCCGGGGAUGAGACCACCAAACUUCAGCUACAAUGUCCGGGCUCCAGGGCCUUACCAGCGCUCUAUGCAACAGUACUACUAUCCCUUUCCUCCAGUAGGACCAGUGACAUACCACAUGGAGCUUUCCAUCGGAGGCCAGCAGUUUUUCGGGAAGGGACGCACGCGGCAGUUAGCCAAGCAUGAUGCUGCUGCCAAGGCCCUGAAAGUGCUCCAGAAGGAGCCAAUACUUCAGCAGUUGCCAGUGAUGAAUGGAGAGCCUGAGGAGGAGAACCUCAACAAAUCAGAAAUUAGUCAAGUGUUUGAAAUUGCACUUAAGCGCAACUUACCUGUCAACUUUGAGGUUUUAAAGGAAGAAGGCCCUCCACACAUGAAGAGUUUUGUAGUGCGUGUUAUUGUUGGGGAGUUCACUGGAGAGGGUGAGGGAAAGAUUAAAAAGAUAGCCAAGAAGCUUGCAGCAGCAGCAGUGCUGGGGGAGUUGAAGAAGUUACCCCAUAUACCCAGCGUGGAAAAGACGCUGCCACGCAUCAAAAAGAAAACCAAAUCCAUCAUCAAGCUGCAGACCAGCCCAGAGUAUGGUCAGGGUAUGAAUCCCAUCAGUCGCUUGGCUCAGAUCCAGCAAGCCAAGAAGGAGAAGGAGCCAGAAUACAGCAUUGUGACUGAGAGAGGUCUACCACGGCGCAGGGAGUUUGUCAUGCAGGUGACUGUGUGUGGCCAGUCUGCAGAGGGAAUGGGACCUAGCAAGAAGGUGGCCAAGAGGAAUGCAGCAGAGAAAAUGCUGGAGCUUUUGGGAUAUAAAGUGCCUCAGCCUCAGCCCCCUAAACCGGCACUCAAAACUGAUGAAAAGACCCCAGUGAAAAAACCUGGAGAUGGUCGGAAAGUGACCUUCUUUGAACCCGGCUCUGUAGAGGAGGUGGCUUUGGGUUCCAAGGAGGAAGACUUCCGCCUGCCUUACCUGAGCCCCCAGCAGCUGCCUGCAGGUAUCCUGCCCAUGGUGCCUGAGGUGGCUCAAGCAGUCGGGGUCUGCCAAGGAUCCCAGGUCAAGGAUUACAGUCGAGCUCUGUCCAACCCAGGCAAGGCCACAAUUACUGCCAUGAUUGCCAAUGAGCUGCUUUAUGCAGGCACAUCCCUGACCGCUGAGACUAUCCUGAAGAACAAAAAUAACCUGAACCAACUGCCCCACGGACCCCUCACCAGGCCCUCGGAACAGCUCAGCUACCUUGCAUCUGUGCAGGGUCUGCAGGUGGAAUACAAAGAUUUUCCAAAAAACAAUAAGAAUGAGUUUGUGUCACUCAUCAACUGCUCCUCUCAGCCACCACUCAUCAGUCAUGGGAUUGGGAAAGACGUAGAAUCCUGUCAUGAUAUGGCUGCACUUAAUAUACUGAAGCUACUCUCAGAGUUGGACCAGCAGUCAAAUGAAAGGACAGGAAAUGGACCAGUCUCUGGGUGUGGCAAGCAGGAAAUCGAAAGUGAUUUGCAACUCAAACAGGCUAACUCAAGCACAUUGACACAAACCCUGGAUGGCACCAUUUAGAUGAUCAGGUUUGGUUGUCUGUAAAAGCACUAGAGAAAACUCAGACACUGUGUUCUUAGUUUUAGAAGGCUACAGGAAGCUUUGUGCACUGUAGUCUGGAAACAAACACUGUUAAUAUUCAAUGUUCACAGUUAAACAAGAUUGAUAGGAAAAUGUUUCUUCUUCUUGAUGUUGUUUAAUUGUAUUCAGUAUUUAUUUUGUUGCUUUGUAGAAAAAGUGGCUGCAUCCUAGGCAACGAGUUGGGGGUUUAUUUGGCAGAAAAAAAAAGAUGAAGCAAUUAACUGUGAACUUAUUUCCUCUCUGUGAGACCUGCUAACUCUUGCUUUUAAGUGUUUUAUGUAUUACGCCCCGCUGAGGUAGUUAACAUUUUGUUAUAGUUUGGGCCUCAUCUUUGUCUAGGGUGCAGCAUUCAAACCUGAUUUUUUCUAGAGUGCUUUACAUCAACAACCACCACCAGUCAAGUGUUACUGACUUUACCAUGUAGGGGUGGAAAGAAUUUGUGAUUGUCAUGUGGCUGUCUCUGCUGUGUGUGAGAGGGAUGGUUUCAGUUUUCCUAAUAUUCCCUCAUCCUCACUUAUGUGAACCUCCCUUCUUUCCCCGCUCCCCAUGGUAAUUAAACGUAUGUGCUUAUGUGCACAAAACUAAGA